CCUCUCCUCUCCUCUCCUUUGCCCACACCAAAUAUCCUCUUCUCUCCCUCACGAUUGGAUUACCCUCUCCCUCUCCCCAUUUCCUCUUGUCUGGAGCUCUGCUCUUUGGCAAAAUUACAGUACUCUUCUUCAUCUCCAUGAAGCUUCUGCUUCUGGGUCUUGCAAUCCUUUGGUCUGAAAUCGUCUCGGAUUAGCCUUUCCAGAUUCUGAGUUCAUCUUCUCUCUCUACCUCUGUGUUUUACCGAUUUGGGAACUGACCUUUUUAGGAUCCCAUGGAUACACUGUUGAGAUCGCCCAACAAGCUCGAUUUCAUUUCCCAGUCUCAUGGCCUCGACAAGUGGAGCAGCAGUAGCUGUAGCAGCAACCUAAGUUCUUCAAGGCUGAAGCUUUUCCAUAAGAGGAGGGGAAUUAAGACUGGUCUUGCUGUUCAUGCUUUGAGUAGAAGCAGCAGCAGCAGUGCACUCUUGGACCUUGUUCCUGAAACCAAGAAGGAGAAUCUUGACUUUGAGCUUCCUCUGUAUGACCCUUCAAAGGGUAAAGUCGUGGACUUGGCCGUGGUCGGUGGCGGUCCGGCCGGUCUAGCAGUGGCUCAGCAGGUUUCAGAGGCUGGCCUCUCGGUUUGUUCCAUUGAUCCAUCUCCCAAGCUCAUAUGGCCCAACAACUAUGGAGUUUGGGUGGAUGAGUUCGAGGACAUGGACUUACUUGACUGCCUUGACACCACCUGGUCUGGUGCCGUAGUCUACAUCGACGAUCACGUCAAGAAGGAUCUAGGCCGGCCUUAUGGGAGGGUUAACCGGAAACUCCUGAAAUCCAAAAUGUUGCAGAAAUGCAUAUUGAACGGAGUGAAGUUUCAUCAAUCUAAAGUUACUAAUGUCAUUCAUGAGGAGUCUAGGUCUACUUUGUUUUGCAGUGACGGUGUAAAGAUUCAGGCUCAAGUGAUUCUCGAUGCCACGGGAUUCUCCCGUUGCCUCGUUCAGUACGAUAAGCCGUAUAACCCGGGUUACCAAGUGGCUUAUGGGAUCAUGGCUGAGGUCGAUGGCCACCCGUUUGAUGUAGACAAGAUGCUUUUCAUGGAUUGGAGAGAUAGCCAUCUCGGUAACUCUUCCGAGCUCAAGGAGAGGAACAGAAGGCUUCCUACCUUCUUGUACGCGAUGCCCUUUUCGUCCAACCAUAUAUUUCUGGAGGAAACUUCCCUGGUUGCUAGACCUGGAUUGCGUAUCGACGAUAUACAAGAAAGAAUGGUUGCUAGGCUGAAGCAUUUGGGCAUUACCGUGAAGAGAGUAGAGGAGGAUGAGCACUGUGUUAUCCCGAUGGGUGGGCCAUUGCCCAUCUUGCCUCAACGGGUAGUCGGGAUUGGUGGUACAGCCGGAAUGGUUCACCCUUCAACCGGUUACAUGGUGGCCAGGACUCUAGCCGCAGCUCCAAUAGUUGCAAAUGCCAUUGUUAGGAGUCUCGGUUCAGAUAAGACACAACUGAGAGGAGACAAACUCUCGGCUGAAGUGUGGGGAGACUUGUGGCCGAUAGAACGGCGUAGACAGAGGGAAUUCUUCGGUUUCGGAAUGGAUAUUCUCCUGAAGCUUGACUUAGAUGCUACAAGAAGGUUCUUUGAUGCUUUCUUCGACCUGCAACCUCAUUAUUGGCAUGGAUUCUUGUCGUCCAGACUGUUUCUUCCAGAGCUGUUGUUCUUCGGGCUGUCACUCUUCUCGCACGCCUCCAACAGGUCUAGACUUGAGAUCAUGGCCAAGGGAACUGUGCCUCUAGUCAAGAUGAUCAACAACUUGGUACAAGAUAGAGACUAUGGAUCAAAACCAAGAUACUGAUCACACACACACAUAUAUACGCAGUUUCGUCAUAAAAUGAAAAUGUUAUUUGUCAUGAGUUGAUAUAUAUCCUUGGGAUUCAAAUUGGUUGA